UCUCUAUUUCUUUUUUUGAGGGGGACUCUCUAUUCUUUUGUUUCUCACAAUUUCCUUUAAAUAUCCAAAGUCAACUAGAUUUGGGUGUGAACUCAAACCAAAACAUCAAACUCAAAAUCCAAAUGCAUGCAUGGUUCGAUUUCAAACCCUCACAAACAAACAACAAUGUCUCAAUCUCCUAAACUCCCUUCAUUCCAUCACCAAACUCCAUCAACUCCAAGCACAAAUCCACCUCAACUCUCUUCACAAUGACACUCACAUUCUCUCACAACUCGUUUACUUCUUCUCCCUCUCUCCCUUCAAAAACCUCUCCCAUGCACGUAAACUCGUUUUCCAUUUCUCCAACAACCCAUCACCUAUUUCAUGGAAUAUUCUCAUCAGAGGUUAUGCAUCAAGCGAUUCUCCAAUUGAAUCCAUCUGGGUAUUCAAGAAAAUGCGAGAAAAUGGUGUUAAACCUAAUAAACUUACUUACCCUUUUAUUUUCAAGUCUUGUGCUAUGGCUUUAGUUUUAUGUGAAGGAAAACAGGUUCAUGCUGAUCUUGUUAAGUUUGGUUUGGAUUCUGAUGUUUAUGUUUGUAACAAUAUGAUUAAUUUUUAUGGUUGUUGUAAGAAAAUUGUUUAUGCAAGAAAGGUGUUUGAUGAAAUGUGUGUGAGAACGAUUGUUUCGUGGAACUCGGUAAUGACGGCUUGUGUUGAGAAUGUUUGGUUAAGUGAUGGAAUUGGGUAUUUUUUUAAGAUGAGGGAUUGUGCCUUUGAACCAGACGAGACUAGUAUGGUUUUGUUGUUGUCGGUUUGUGCUGAGUUAGGUUAUUUGAGCCUUGGAAGAUGGGUUCAUUCUCAAUUGAUUUUGAAAGGGAUGGUUUUGAGUGUUCACUUAGGUACUGCUCUUGUUGACAUGUAUGGUAAAUCGGGUGCAUUAGGUUAUGCUAGGGUUGUUUUCGAGAGAAUGGAAAAGAGAAAUGUGUGGACUUGGAGUGCUAUGAUAAUGGGGUUAGCACAACAUGGUUUUGCUGAAGAAGCUCUUGUAUUGUUUGACAUGAUGAAUGACAAAAAAAGUAAUAAUAUUUCCCCUAAUUAUGUUACAUAUCUUGGUGUUCUUUGUGCCUGCAGCCAUGCUGGGAUGGUUGAUGAGGGAUUCCGAUAUUUUCGCGAUAUGGAAUUUGUUCAUGGGAUCAAACCUAUGAUGGUGCAUUAUGGAGCCAUGGUUGAUGUAUUGGGUCGUGCUGGCCAUCUUGGAGAAGCUUAUAGGUUUAUACAGAGUAUGCCUUUUGCGCCUGACCCGAUUGUGUGGAGGACUUUGUUAAGUGCGUGUACAGUUCAUGAUGUUUGUGACCGUACCGGGAUAGGAGAUAAAGUAAGGAAAAGGUUGCUUGAAAUGGAGCCAAAGAGAGGAGGGAAUUUAGUUAUUGUUGCUAACAUGUAUGCUGAAGUAGGAAAUUGGGAGAAAGCGGCGAAUGUGAGGAGGGUAAUGAGAGACGGAGGGUUGAAGAAAAUGGCUGGAGAGAGUUGUGUUGAUUUGGGUGGUUCCAUGUAUAGGUUCUUUGCUGGGCAUGAUUCUCGCCCGGAUUUGAUGCCUGUCUAUGAUCUGCUAGACGCAUUGAACCUGCACUUGAAGAUGGUUCACUAGUUUUAUUGUAGAAGUUACUUUUAGUGAGUUUUACUAUGUGCUGAACUUGAAAUUUUGAAAUUGGAAUAGGACAAAAGAUGAUAGCUUAUUUUUUUUACAUUUUUCAAGUCACCAUUUUUACCACUUAUUUGUAUCAUAUAUCAGUUAUGUUUUACGGCUAUUUCUCAUAUUUUUACACACAUUAUCUAUUAUUUUGACAAAAUUGGUUUAGCUUCAAUGAUGAAUCUUCAGGCAGUGACGGCAUUUGUAAUUAGGUUGUUCCGAAUUAUCAGUUACUUCUGUUUCUGUAAGUAAUGACUAGAAUCUUUUCUUUUUUGUGUUUA